AUGCGAGAGAGACGUAUUUCUCAUCAUGAAUCAAAGGCGGUAACAUCGACGAAAAUGAGCAAUUUGACUGAAUGGUUGAGAUCACUUGAGGGAAUGUCUAUUGAGGAGAUGAAGAGAAAUGUGGCCACUCGUCUGGCCGAGUCUGAACGCAACACAGCCACUCUUCGCGAUGAAUUGACUAAUGUUUCAAAGGAGUGCGAAGAUCAAGAACAAACGUUGGAGAAUCUUUCGGAUAUGGACACAGCUGUGCAACGAGUGUUGACAUCCCUUGAUGAGCAUAUUAAAACUUUGAAACUAAAUGAAAAUUCGCUUGCCGUCAAUCAAUCGAUUUUGCAAUAUGAAGCUGCAAAAACAAGAGCAACAGCACUUAGAAAGUGCAUUUCGGGUCGCAAACAAUAUGAGAAAGCCUGGGAAAUGAUGAAAGAAGUGCCAAAAGAAGAUCAUGCGACAGUGUUGACAACACUGCAAGAGCUGCAAAGUAGCAUUGAUGUCAUCAAGAAUUGUGUACCUAAAGCUUCUGUGAAUAAAAAAGAACUUGACAAUCAAAAGGACACGUUUCUUGCUUGGCAAUCAACCGCUUUCUUUUUGGCUCUACAACAAGGAGACACAGGAAAAGUCGCGGAAAUAUACAAUACUUAUGCGAGUCUUGAUCGGAAGAAAGAGUUCAUCGCAAUUUUCUCGAAAGGAAUCUUCAAUCGUUUCUCUCAUGCUCAAGUUGAUCGCUCAUCAGUACAUCAAUUUUUUGAGGGAAUUAGUCGAGAAAUUGAGACUCAACUCAACAUGUUCUUUAGUGAUUCAUCUGUUCUGGCUCAGAAAGAGUUCCUUGAUGCAAAUGAAUGCUUGCAAUUGGUCACUUCGGCCAUACGAUUGGCACUUACUGAAUACGAUUUGACAGCGGCUUCUCAAGAACUUUUGAAAUCUGCACCAGAUUCGAUCAAGUUUUUGGAUGACUUGAACAAAUCCCUCAGCACCAUGUAUGACAGCAUUCCGCAAAACUACACAGAAUAUGUUCGAGACACAGCGAGUGAUCUUUAUGACUUCCUGAGGCAACAAUUCCUCAGCCGGCUUGAAGUUCCUUUGAGUGAGACGAUCAUUGAACAAUUGCAAACAAGAGUGAGUGGAAUGGAUCUUGUAAGUUUUAUGGAUUUAAUCAAAAAUUCCGAUCUUAAAUUUUGGGUCACUGGUUCUCAUCGCACGAAAAUCUCAUCCUUCAUUUCGACGGUCAACGAAGUGGUACUCAUCUUACAUGAUAUCCUCGUUUCACUAUCAAAUGUUUAUCCGGCUGAUGGAUUGAAUAAUAUUAUACAGAAACCAAUUGAUAAAGUUUUCGAUGAGUUCCUCGACAAGAUCAAAAAUUGGACUUAUUCAAAAGAUUCACAAGGAAAAACGCGCUCUAUUGAUGAAAUUAUUAAGGUUUGUGAAGCAUCUGGGCAUUUCAUUGCGGGAAUCACACGAUUGAAGACGAUCGCCAGUGGAAUACACGAGUCACUUUCCGUCCCGACUAGAGGCGCUAACAAAUGGAAUGCCCGUGUUUGUGAUACGACUCUCCAACUUGUAUCGGCUCAAAUGUGCAGUGAAGUGCAACGAGGAGUCAAUGAAUUGGUUCUCGCAACCACCACCGGAAAUGCGCCCGAUUUGCCAUCAUUCUCAUUGACACCUUCAGAAUAUAUGACGGGAGUCGCUCAAGAGGUUUUGCAACAUUUUCACAAAUUCGAGAUGUUCUUGGCUGAUGAAAACACAGCACACGCGUUUACGGUAUGGUCAAAAGGAGGAGAAGGGGAAGAAGAUCUCUUGAUGAGGAUCAUGCGUGAUAUGUGCAAUAUCUCGAUUCGAAGCUUUGUUCAAGCUAUCGGUGAAACGUCAACACUCACCCCGACCACUAUCAAGCAGCUACGAGUGGAUGCAGAAUAUUUCCGUGAAGUUCUACUCGAUUUGCGUCUCCCCUCUCCAUUACUAGAUGAAUACAUCGCAAAACUUACAACA